AUGCGAGAGUUUGUCUCUGCCUCAAACAAGGAACUGCGUCUUGUUCCAUACUGGGAGAAGAUAACACGAUCUCCUGUCAUCUGUGUGAGUUAUUGCCACUCUGAUCCUAACUGUCAAUCGGUGAAUUAUCACACCAGCAGUCAUCUCUGUCAGCUGAACAAUGUGACCAGGGCUCAGUAUCCUGAUGACUUCAACACCCUCUACGGCAGCUUGUACUUCGAUGCCAGUGCAAACACAAGCCUACUCUCUCAAGAUGCAACGCCGUCUGUUGACACUUCCAACCCUUAUGUGGGGUGGACUUCCUCAGCACCUUCUACGGAGCCUGACAGGAUCCCCUCCUCUGCGUCAACCCCAGAACCCUCAACACAAUCUCUCACCUCAGCACCUUCUACGCAGCCUGACACGACCCUUUCCUCUGCGUCCAUCCCAAAACCCUUAAAACUUUAUCCAACAACCGUCACCACCACUGUGCAACCAGUAGAACCCACUGAUCAGACCACACUAACCGAUAAAACUCGGACCCCUUCUCAAAAAACGUUCUCUACACCUCCAACCGCAACUCCCGUGUCAGUGACAGAGCCCUGGAAGCUUACUAGCUGUAAGCAGCUUCUUGAAGCAGGUGUUCAUGAGAGUGGCGUCUACACAAUAUUUCCUCUUGAAUUCACCGAUGGUCUGGAAGUCUACUGCGACAUGGAGACAGACGGUGGUGGAUGGAUCGUCAUCCAGAGGCGUCAAGACGGCAGCGUUAACUUCAACCGCAACUGGGCCGAGUACCGGGAUGGAUUUGGCGACUUGUCCGGUGGAUUCUGGCUUGGAAAUGAGAAAAUACGCAUCCUGACUGAGUCUUUUGGACCAUGGCAAUUGAGAGUUGUUGCGGAAGACCCGUUGGGUAACUAUUAUGUGUCUGAUUAUUUCGGAUUUAGUAUUACAGGAGCCAACUAUAAUGUUGACUAUAGUAGCUACAGCGUCUUAAAUGUUGAGAGUAGUACGGGCAUUAAAGGAAAGCCAUUUUCAACCGCAGACAGAAUCAAUUAUGACGGUUCUGCUGUAAACUGUCCAUCGGCACCAGCAGGUGGGUGGUGGUUCGCUGAUGACUGUAAGGACAACCUCAAUGGUCCAUAUGAGAGUAUUUCAGUGGAGGGGAUUCCUUUUUGCUGCUUCAUAAGGUUGGGGACAUCGGUAGCGAUUACAUCUUGCCGCAUGGAAAUCAGGAUUUAA